GCGAGGCGGGGGCCGAUGGACACGGGACCGGAGGCGGAGCGGGGCCCGGCUUGGGGCGGCUGCCGCCCGGGGGGGCGGCUCGACAUGAGCCACGGCUUCGUGCGGCACAUCCGGCGGAACCAGAUCGCCAGGGAUGACUACGACCGGGAGAUGAAGCAGGCCAAGGAGAAGGUGAAGAAGAGGCACACACCCACCCCGCCCCGGCCCAGGAAACCCGACCAGCAGGUGUACCACCCCUGCCAGAGAAGUCGAGUGGACACAGCCUGUGGCCUGGAGUAUGAGGGGUCUAGCGAGAGCAGCUCCGGCACCGAGCCAGACCCCCGCAGCACAGAGCUCUUCUGCCUCGAGUAUGAGGCCGACAGCGGCGAGGUCACCUCGGUCAUUGUACACCAGGAUGACAGCCCCAAGGAGGUGACGGAGAAGGUCUGUGCCCAGAGCCCGCUGGAGCCGCCCCUGCGCGAAGCCCUGAGGCAGCGGGUGCAGGAGGAGCUGCGGAAGCGGAGGGCGAAGCGCUGAGGCCCAUGGCAGCUAUGCUGGACGGGGAGCCAAGCGCACAUGGGGAGCUGCAGCACCUUGGCUGGUGGGGGCUGGAGGCUCAGGCCCCAGGGAGCAAGGACCGGCUGCCCCAAGCUCUGACAGACUUGCUGAGCGGGUUUGUUCCCUGCUGCUACCAGCCACCCCCAGCAGCCAGGGCCCAGCGCUGGUGCCCCCAGGAGGAGCUGGCUCCUAGGUAGGGGAUCCUGAGUGGGGUGGCCUGGGGGCUCCUGGGAACUCGGGCAGAUGAAGCCCUGGGCACAGCCUGGCAGGAGGAGCCUCACCCAGCCUGGUAAUGCCUGGAGGAUGCACUGGUGCUGACAGGCCACAUGAAACCACUUUGCCCCAGGGUCCUCCAGCCUACCUUCCCCGAGGUUCCCCUGCUCCCCCUCCUCUCAGGGUCCCCCCACGCCCAGCCUCCAAUCCCCCAGGGUUCCCCAGCACCCAGUCCCCCUGGCUCCCCCAUCCACCUGUUCCCUGAUUUCCAUGCCCCCAGGGUCCCCCAUCCCCAUUUCCCCAACUCCCAUCCCUUGGGGUCCCCUCUCCUCCGUUCUGUGGGUGGCUGAGCUGCUCCCUGUUCUGGCUCAAUUCCCGGGGGGCUCACACCCAGGCAGACUGUUGUUUAAGGGAGCUCUGUGGCUGGUUGAAGGUGCCAGGCUGUUGGCCAGCACACAAUACAGGACCUGGCAGCUGGGGCAGUGGCCGGAGGGCACCAGGAUUGGUCUGGUCCCUGAGAGGUUGCCAUGGGCCCCAUGCCCCCACCCAGGCAGGAAUGUGCCACUGAGCCCUUUAGGGGAGGCCCUGUGUCCUGGGUGGAGGAACCGGCUGAACCCCAUUGGAUCUGUCCUACAUACAUGGUGGAACUGCCCCCUCAGAGCCGGGCUGCGUCAGGCGUCUCUAUUCUAGUGCCUGUUGGCCCCAGGGGCGCUGGAGAAAUGAAUGAGCCUCGUGCCCCAGUACCAUGGCCAGCCAGGCCUGCCCCAGGGAGCUCUCGGCACUGGGACCGCAGGGCCCUGUGCUCACGGCACCAAUAAACCCGCUGACAAAACAGAA